CGCUCUCGUCUAGGGUUUUAACCACGGGCGCUAUAUAAUCCUCCCCCCUCCCGCCCGCCGCCGUCUCUGCAUUUCCUUCUUCCCGUGGGAUCCCAGCCGCUGCCGCGAGAAGGACUCGACGACUCCCAGGUCCCAAGAGGAAGAUGCCAAAGCAGAUCCAUGAGAUCAAGGACUUCCUUCUCACCGCCAGGAGGAAGGAUGCCCGUUCUGUGAAGAUCAAGAGGAGCAAGGAUGUUGUCAAGUUCAAGGUGCGCUGCUCCAAGUACUUGUACACCCUCUGCGUCUUCGAUGCUGAGAAGGCAAACAAGUUGAAGCAAUCUCUCCCACCAGGUUUGAGCGUACAAGAGGUCUGAAGAUAGAGAAGACAACAUCGUGAUGAACUACCUAAGCUUCCUUGUCAUUAGUAGAGCAUGCUCUUCCAUGUACCUCUGGACCCUAAGCAAUUAGACUUGUCAGUCUUGGAUUUGUAGAUCUCGAAUUUUGGGAGAAUUACCUUUUUGCCUGUUCCGGGAUGCAGCUUUCAGCUUAUUUGUUGUUUGAACUUCGUGUUGCUUC